AUGUUUCGCCCUCCUUCUAACAUUCCUUAUGGUGGUAUCCAUCGCAAAGACGGGGAGAAGGUAGCCAAAGGAGAAUUGUUAGUCGCACAAAGAAGAUUGAACUACCAUCCGGGGCGGAAUGUAAGUACGUUUUCAGUUAAAUUUUAAUUUUUUAGGUAUAUUGUGUGUACGACAGAGGACAGUUGUUAUUGAAGGCGGAAUGUGAUGGAACCGUCAUGAUUACCAAAGAAAGAGUAGACCUAGAUACCGAAAACGAAUUUGUGGAACGAGAUUACUCUCAUCGGAGUCUGGAUGAACUUGAUAAGCUGCAUUUUAAUGUCAUCCAGCUUCCGAUGUCGCAAAAGUUUAAGCUUGUCUCUGAAGUUUAG